AUGGCCCCACAACCCACAGAUCAGACUCAUCUGAGGCAAUACUUUGAGCAUCUUGCUGGAAAUUCAACUGUUAUGCAUGCACUUCAGAUAGGAGCAGAUGUUGGGGAGGAUCUUCUUGCUUUGGAGAUAAACCAGGCCUUGCAAAUUCUCCAUCUGAAGUCCCUAACCACCAAGAAUGCUGGAUUGGUGCCAGGAUCUCUCCACCAAGCUUUAGAGGUAUAUUUCCUCCAGUGCCACAGGAGGAAGAAUGCAGCUCGCUCUGAGAAAAGGACUAUUGCAAGGGUCCUGGGCCUUCAUGCCACCCCACUAUCGGCCAAGUCCCUUGCAGACACUGGUACAGUCAGGAUGGUCACUCGUGACCAUUCUGCUAAAACCAGCUAUAAACGGGGUACACUUUUAGUGGACCGUGGCAAUGAGGAUCUGGUUGGUAGUGGGGAUACUGCCCUUUCUGUUCCUGUGGAUGAUUUGUGGUAUGUGAUCGAACCAGAUGAAAGCAUCAUUUUUGUCGAUUCCAAGGAUAUGAAUAAUCUUUCUGUCUCCUACAUGUGGUUAAUUGGGUGUAUAGGAUCUGUUACACUCGCUGUACUCCAUGGCAAGUGUGGCCAGCGUCCUGACCUGUUGACUUAUGUCAAUAGUAUCAUCGACGAGGCUGUCAAUGACCGCAAGGGGACCAGGGUGACCUACCUGUUACGACGUGUGUCGCGUGCGGACUGGGAUGAUCUAACAGCGACGAUCACAACGGUGAUAUCUCGUGCUGAGAGUCCAAGGUCGGCUCCUACAGAAGAGCAGGAGUUGCGUACGUUCACGGAGGUGAACGAUGAUAGCGAGUUACAGGCAGAAGGGGUCUCAAGUCCUUCUGAAGGUACGGAUCUGAUGUCGAGCAGGUAG